CCGGAACAACCCGUAAUCCGCCGCCAAGCUGGGGCAGCAGUCGUGAUACCUUCAGAGCUCCCGGCUGCAUAUAACUCUUUUGUCCCUCUUCCGCCAACCUCCGCAUUCUGCUCUCGCCACAGAGCAACCACAAAAACCUCCGCAAUGCUCUCGCCCGCUUCCUCAAGAAUACUCGCCAGCGGCACCCGCCGUGCGCUGCUCUCGUCCCGUGGCUUCCACGCCUCGGCUCGGCGCAUGGCCGACUCUGCGCCCCUGCCGGCGCGCAAGCCCAUGGGCGCCUUCAGAGGAGGUCUUUUUGGCUUCUUGUUUGGAAGCGUCCUGGCCGGCGGCGCCGUCUACAGCUACGUCUUGCAAGAGUACAGGACAUCCAACGAACUGCUCACUGAGGACAUUUACGCUCUCCAAGCUUCCGUCACCCGGCUGACAAACCACAUCAAGACGCUCGAGGAGAAGAUCCAGCAGAAGAGGAAGUAAAAGGAAAGGAAAGAAAAAGUAAAACUACGAAUAGCGCUCGUCGUUUGGGAGGACGUAUUCAACACUUGUGUUGUUUUCUUUUGUAACAAAACAAAUCCUGUAAAUCUGUACCUUGGGUAUCUUGCCACUGCACGAAUACAUUCGCAAGCACUCUUGGGACAAGAAAACUUGGUGAUCAAAUUCAGGUGCUUUCAUCAGAGCAAUGCUUCAUAUGGGCGUUGCGCCAGUAUGCAAUUGCUAGUACUUAUUUAAAGAAUCCAUAAACCAGCGCCGACGAUUUGUUUUUUCUCGUCAAGAAGCAAUACCCACAAUUAUACAGUGUUUUGUUUU